CAUUGUACCACGAGUGGUUUAUGAAAACAAGUUACGAAGGGUCAACAUGCUUGUUCUUCAAUGUCAAUGGUUUUUAAUGCAGAUCAGUCAACGACAGUUCGGUUUUAAUGGAUUGCUCUCGCUAGCUGUGAAUUUAUAAGAUAUAUGCUACUCCGACUUCUUAAGACGCUUCCUCUUCAUCUUUUGGCCACUGGACGUCACCAUGUCUACUUCGAUUUGCAGAGUAGUGGAAUUAUUAAUGAGAUCUGCUUGUUGCCACACCAUCAGAAAUAAAUCACCUUUGCACAGACAAGUAUUGGGCCAUGUUAGACCUUGUGGCCACAGUGGUCUGUUUCUUACAGCAGUUCAAAGAAGAGCCUACAGUUUGGACAGACUGUCCUCUCAGUCAUCCAAAGGUCAAACUUCACAACAGCCUCGCACUGAGAGGUUGUCUCCAUCCUCAGCACUAACGCAAAGAAAUCUGUCUGCAGCAGCUGUACAAUCCCGUCCCUUAUGCCAAUAUGAUUUCCGAGACAAGGCCCGGACGUGCAAAAAAAAUAGAUAUUUCAUUGUCAACCCUGAACUUGCCACACUUGUGACGAAACACCUUGGGCCUGACAUAGAAGAUUCUAAAAUGGUUGUGUUUGAAUGUAACCCAGGGCCUGGUGUGCUCACAAGAACACUGCUAAAGGCUGGAGCCCAAAGAGUGGUUGCUCUUGAAGGAGACAAGUCCUUUUUAUACGAUUUACAGGAUUUAGAAGGUCGUCUUGAUGGUCAGCUGGAAGUGGUUCAUUGUGACUAUUUUAAACUUGACCCCUUUGGCAGUGGACACCUUAAACCUCCUGUUAUGACAACUGACAAACUUUUCACUGAUCUUGGAAUAUCAGAGGCCAAUUGGACUCAUGAUGUCCCAGUAAAGGUGGUUGGCAUCCUUCCCCAGCGAAAUGAACGUAGUAUGUUGUUGAAGAUGGUUUACGCUUUGUUUGAACGACUGUCAGUUUACAGAUAUGGAAGGAUUGAGCUCAACCUCUUCAUAAGCGAGAAGGAAUACCAGAAACUAACAGCAUGCCCAGGUAACAUGAUGAACUACAGAGCUUUCGGUGUCCUGUGGCAGAUGGCGUGUGAUAUUCAACUACUGCAUAAAGAGCCAUGGGAAUCAUUUGUGGUGUCUUCAAGACAAAGUGCUCCAGCCUCCCGAGGCAAACUUCCUAAUGAACAUCUCUGUCUUGUGCAAUUGCGUCCUCGGGCAGAUUUGUUCUCCUCAGGUCUGACUCCCUCUAAUGCUGCCACUCUACUCGUGAUGGUCAAACAGUGUCUGGCAAAAAGAAAGGUCAAACUUAUUGACAGGCUCAAUCUCUGGUCUCCAGACAGUGGAAGUAAAUUCUUGUCAGAGUUGGGUUUACCUGAGGAUAUUCUGACUGGUCAUGUAUAUCCAGAGGAGUAUCUUCGACUGUUCCAGUUGAUAGACAAAAGCCAGGAGUUCGCACAGAGUUGGCUCUAUGAAGAACAUCUGGAGAACACACAAAGAAUGGGAUGGGCCUGACAAUAGUAAUUUAUUUAUAUUAUACCAACAUUGUAAUGAUGAUAAUUGACAAAACAAAAGGGGAAGAGUAAUAUAUUGCCAAAAGAACAUGUAGUUUCAUCAUUUAAUAGAAAUACUUGUUACUGUACCUCUAUAAUGUGUAGUCUAAUCUAGCAUAAUAGUGACACUGUUAAAUAAAAUUUUCAGUCAUAAGUAUGUACAGAUGUGUUUCUCAAACAAUAAUUAAAUAUGCAAGAUUAUCAAUGUUUUAAACUCAUCAUAAUCUCUUGUAAAUGGGAAUAAUUUAUAUGAAUGAACUUCUUGUAAUGUACUCUUUUUUUUUAAUAAAAAAUAUUUUGAAUUUG